AUGUUACUCCAUUCUUAUAAAGAGACUUCGCAAUUACCAGAGGUAAUAGCCAGGGAAAAUGGCCAUGAGGAGACUGCAAAGUUCCUUGCAGACAUAACUAGGAGGUAACUUUAAAAAUUCUACCCUUUUACCUGGUUGUAAACUAUCUUCAUAGGUUGUCAGAGAUGCCUUAACGUGCGAGAACGACUUCUAUCCUUUCUACUAGACCUUCUUGACGAUUGUAUGAACAGAAAAAGUUGGUGCAUAUUUUUUUCUCGCUUUUCCUUCCUUUACGUUAAACACUAAAAGGUCUAAUCAAACAAAAAUAUGAUUCACAAAAUGGGGUCUUGCAAGCUUUACAACAUGAAGCCGCUGAUCCUGCUAUACUUUCCCUGUGUUUAUUAAUGAUAACAGGACGAAGUGAAGAUGCAAAUAUAAUGCAAUAAAAGACGACAUCGUUAACUGUCCUUUACAGUCUCUACAGAUUAUCUGAGGAGACAGAGUUUUUCUCACACUACGUCCAAAAAAUUGACUGGUCAGAGCUUGUUUUUCUUGUUGAAAGAGCUCAAGAAAAAGAGAAAGGUGGUAAGAUUUAUGUUUGUGUUUUGUCUUUCCUCUGUGUUUUGUUUUCUUCUUUUUCCUUUUGAGAUGUGAUUAUUAACAAGUAGAUCGGUUAAUAGUUAACAUAGUAAUUAGGGGAAUGCUUAAUCUAAAAUCGUUUAAAUCCUCUCUAAAACUUCUCUUAUUUAUUCAUGAAGUAAAGAAGUGAAAUCGGUGUACAAACUAACUGCAGAAAAACUUCUGAGAGCAAGGAGUUCUUUUCCUUUUCUCUCCACUGAGCUUCCUAUAUUUGUUUGUUUGUAUGCUUGCUUGCUUGCUUAUUUUUUAUUUGUUUUUUUGUUCACUUUACUUUGUUUAUUGCAGUUUUGUUUUUUUGUCCUUUUUUCUGAUUAGACUGUUCACAGUCCCCUCUUUUUUCCGUAAGAUCGUCGAGAUCGAGCGCUUUACGUUAAGGGCAGCCGUAUUGAAUGAGUGUCAAAACUACAUAGGGGGUGGGGGCCCUCCCGCUAAGUAGUUUUGACACUCAUCCAAGUUAGCUGCCCGUAACGCAAAGCGCUCGAUCUCGACGAUCUUACGGAAAAAUAAAGGACUAUGAACAGUCUAUUUUCUCAUAUGACGUUUGUACAUACCGCAUACCUGGCACACACCGAACUCUGAGCUAUUAUUCAUUAAAUGUCUUUGAUUGAAACAGGUGUUGCUGUUGACCAAGGAAACUGUCAGGCUGAGAAUGAUUUGAUCAUUGAUACAGGCUACUUUGGGGAUGUUGAGACGUCUUCCGGUAAUCUGUCACCUCAAUCGAAGCCUGAUUCUGACGAUAACAGCUCAGAAAUAUCUUUUGAAGGUAUUAAUAAUAUCAACUCUUCAUAUGAUCAAACUGAUAUCAAACGUAAUAAAAUUCUGUUGUUGCUGUUGUUGUUACAUUGUUUGUUUUCAGUCAUGGCUAUCCAGUAAAAGUUUAGCAAAGAACCAGUUUUAGAAUAAUUCAUGAGUACUUUCUUUAAAUGUGGAUAGAGACCUUUAGAUUCUAGGACGAGAAUGACUACGGGUACGAGAUUUCACUAAAUUUUUCUUUCGCGUGUUCUCUAAUAAUAGAUACCCCGAUAGCUUCAUUGUACAUCUUUUUCACCAAAAAUAUUAGCACUGUCAUCUUUAUUGAAUGAGGUUAAGCUAUCUCUCAGUCGCAAAAAUAACUUAUAACUUGUGCCCGCUAACACGACAUUCUCGUUGAAACUCGUAGUGAAUGACGACGACUAUCACGUUUUCCCGCCAAAAUGACGCUGGUUCACGCACGCGCUUACUACUUAGUAUUGAGAAAAUGUCGUACUCGUAGUCCUACUCGUCUUGGAAUCUAAAGGUCUCUGAUAAGAGGUUUUUAUACAACGAAGAUUAAGUAUUUUAUUCUUAAUCCAUCUGAGUUAUUCAAAUUGCCUAAGUUUCCCUACAACUAACUAUAAUUAAAGUCAGUGUCACUAAAAUAGUCUAUGGAUUUAAAGGGGCAUGUUACGCUGUUUUCAAUCUUUUUAACGUGUCUUCGCAUCAAUUGAAUUCCAAAAUAAUUUUGAAGUUUUGUUAAUUAAGAAUAUAUUUAGGCAUUAAAACUGUUUCCUGUCGUCGGUUGCUGCGGACGGCAAGGAUCAACGUGGAUUAAAACUUGAAACCUCUUCACGUCUUACUGCUAUGCCUGCAAAAAUAACCGAAACAGUUUUAUGGUUAUAGCUCUUUAUUUAAAAUUAUUUGAUAUCUUCUGCAUACCCGUAAAGGAAAAGGCACUCAGUAAUGACUUCAGCGCAUAAUUUGAUUUGAUUCUGGUCAAUUCAAAUGACCAAAUCGGCAAUAUUCUUGUGGCAUAGCUCCUUUAAGUACGCAGUGCCUUUUAGUCCUAUCUGAUUGUUUCAAAUCCCAGAUUCCUUUGACAAUUUUAUCUCCGAAUGACAGAUUCUUUUGAAGAAGAUGAAACUCAGCUGAAGACAGACGCUUUCAAAAAGUACAGUGAUGAAAAACCAGACUUCCCCUCUCGUGAUCUUUCAGAUGCAAACUUUCCCAAAGAAGGUAAGAGUCCGCUUCAUUACGUGAAAUCUAGAUUUGCUAGAGAAUGGUACUCCGUUUGGCCGGUCUCUGAUUGUUUA